CCUUAGUUAUCAAAGCGUAUGCAUACAUCAGUGCGUCAUGCAUAGUCAUGCGUUGAAUAACUACAAAAGAAUAUCGAACACAAAAUGAUGGCCAAAAAUCUAUUCCGAAAAAUUCCGCGCUUUCAACGCGCUAUAUUGCAGGCAAAACAAUACAGCACUUUGAUAGGUGAACCACAAUUCCUAGGAGUCAACAGUAAUUUCACCAAUAAAAUUCAAUUUAUCAAUGACAAAAGUUAUGAUCCUAUUCCAAUAUACAGGAUUAUGGAGCCUUUGCAGAAGAUUGAAGUACCCAAAGAAGGAAAGCUGGACGAUACACAUCUGUUGAAAAUGUACCGUGAUAUGGUGACCAUAAAUUUGAUGGACAAGAUUUUAUACGAGUCUCAAAGGCAAGGUCGUAUUUCGUUCUACAUGACGAACACCGGUGAAGAAGCUGUGCAGAUCGGUUCUGCUGUCGCUUUAACCUUAGAAGACAUGAUUUAUGCGCAAUAUCGCGAAGCUGGUGUGUUGCUGCACCGAGGAUAUCCGUUAUUGAAGUUUAUGAAUCAGUGUUAUGGCAACUGUGAAGAUGAUGGUAAAGGUAGACAGAUGCCUGUACAUUAUGGCUGCAAAGAAUUGAAUUUCGUAACUAUAUCCUCUCCAUUAACAACUCAACUGCCACAAGCUGUAGGGGCUGCCUACGCCUUUAAAUUGGAUAAAAAGAAUGCAUGUGUGGUUUGUUACUUCGGAGAGGGUGCGGCGAGUGAAGGAGAUGCCCAUGCAGCAUUCAAUUUUGCAGCUACUUUAUCGUGUCCCAUCAUUUUCAUCUGUCGAAAUAACGGAUACGCCAUCUCCACAUCAGUUUUUGAGCAGUUUAAAGGGGAUGGCAUUGCAGCCAAGGGUCCUGCUUACGGAAUCAACACAAUCAGAGUGGAUGGUAACGAUGUACUCGCAAUGUACUAUGCCACAAAAAGUGCUAGAGACUUCUGUAUAAAACAACAAAAACCUGUUUUAAUAGAAGCCAUGACUUACAGACUCGGACAUCAUAGCACUUCAGAUGAUUCUACAGCUUAUCGAUCAACUGACGAGAUCACUCAAUGGAACAAUCAUACACCACUUAUCAAGUUUCGUGUAUAUCUAGAAUCACUUGGAUUAUGGUGUCAAAAAAGGGAGCAAGAGUUAAUAAAUUCUACUAGAAAAGAAAUUCUUGGUGUCUUUGGAGAGGCAGAAAAGAAGUCUAAGCCACACUGGAAGGAGUUGUUUACAGAUGUAUACAAAGAAACUCCUGAUCACAUCAGAAAACAAAUGAAUCUCAUGGAAAAGCAUCUAGAAGAAUUCAAAGAACAUUAUCCAUUAAGUUCCUUCACACAUACAAAAUGAGGGGAAAGAAAUUACCUAUUGCACAAAUGAUAUACAUAAAUUUUGUACUCCUAUUUUAAUAAUAAAAUCUUAAACGACUAACACUGUAUAA